AUGGCUCCUAACGACUCACAAAAUGCUAGCCUUCUGAAAGAGGCCGCUGCCUUGUCCAAGACAGAUCCGCCAAAAGCAGAGGCUAUCUUUCACAAAAUCCUUUCAUCAGGGCCGGGCUCGACGGAUGCUUCAUCUAGAGAUUACGAAUCUGCCCUAGUUGGACUAGGCGAGCUAUAUCGCGACCAGAGGAGACCCAAUGAACUUGCUGAACUCUUGAAGACCAGCAGAUCCUCCUUCUCUUCUUUUGCAAAGGCAAAAUCGGCAAAACUUGUCCGACAACUUCUCGACUUCUUCGCUGCGAUACCAAAUACCCUUGACAUUCAGAUCUCGGUUAUUAAAUCAUGCAUAGACUGGGCUGUAUCAGAACGACGAUCUUUUUUGCGCCAAAACCUCGAAACAAGGCUUGUUUCAAUAUAUAUGCAAAAGCAGUCUUAUUAUGAUGCACUUACUUUAAUCAAUUCACUCCUCCGCGAACUUAAACGUCUCGAUGAUAAGCUCGUGUUGGUUGAGGUACAGCUCCUAGAAUCGCGUGUCUAUCACGCGCUCGGUAAUCAGCCAAAAGCUCGGGCUGCCCUAACAUCGGCCCGCACCUCCGCAGCGUCAGUUUAUACACCACCAUUACUACAAGCUGGUUUGGAUAUGCAAAGUGGUAUGCUUCAUGCAGAAGAUAAAGACUUCAACACCGCGUAUUCCUACUUUAUCGAAGCACUUGACGGCUAUAACUCACUGGAAGAGGAAAGCAAGGCCACUUCUGCGUUGCAGUACAUGCUUCUUUGCAAAAUCAUGCUGAAUUCUGCAAACGACGUGAAUACGCUUCUGGCCUCAAAACAUGCUAUUCGAUAUGCCGGGACAAGUCUAGAAGCUAUGAAGGCAGUCGCUAAGGCUCAUUCAAAUCGAUCAUUAGAGGAGUAUGAAAGGACGCUGACGGACUACCGAUAUGAGCUGGGAAGUGAUAUUUUUAUCAGAAACCACCUUCGGAGGCUCUACGACGCCAUGCUCGAACAAAAUUUGAUUAAAGUGAUUGAACCUUUUAGCAGAGUAGAGAUUGAUCAUGUUGCGAAGAUGGUUGGCCUGGAUACGCAACAAGUCGAGAAGAAGCUCUCGCAGAUGAUCCUUGACAAGGUGAUUAUUGGCGUAUUGGACCAGGGUGCGGGUUGUUUGAUUGUUUUCGACGAAGCGGAGAGGGACCAGGGCUACGAUGCUGCCCUGGAGACAAUCGACAAGCUCAACAGCGUAGUGGACGUCCUGUAUACGAACCAGGCGUCGCUGCUGGAGUAG